AUGAUGGGUUCGUCUUUUUCCAGAGAAUUUUCAGAUAUUCUAGAAUUUUCAGACUAUCAGAGCUUCAAUAAUUUGGUGUGCAUGGUCAAUUGGAUGGCGAUUUUGAUGGGUGAAUAAUCAUCACAUUUAUUCUAAACUAUUUCAUUUUGUAAGCUUCUAAACAAUUUUCGCAUACGCAGGUACUCUUCACAUGUGCGCGGCGAAACAGACAAAAGAUAAAUCUGCGAAAGUUCUGAAGCUUCCGCCUCCUCCUCCUACUCCUUCUUCUUCUUCUUUCGCUCCCUCUUCUGCUCCGCCCGCGCAAUUCCCGUUGGCCUCUUCGGAACCGGUCCCGGAAGACCGAAAAGAGGAGGAAAUCACGGAAAAAGAGGAACAGAAAGAGGAGAAAUCGUUGAAUUUCAAGCCGAUCAUUCCGAAAUAUACGGCGAAAGAGCAGGCGAUCGCGGACGGCGAACGGAAAAAAAGGACCGAGUACGCGACGAUGGACGAUAUUUGCAGUGAUUGGGACGACGGAGAGAAGAAGAACAAGAAGGAGACGGAGGAAAAGGGGGCGGAGCCAGCUGUGGAGGGGCGCAGGGAAGUCGAACUGUGA